UGAUUCUACGUAGCGUAAGUCACUUUAUUUUAUAAGAAUUGUUUUGCCAUAAUUUUUGAUAAAUUCUUAUUGGAAUAUGCCGAAAUACUAUAGAUUUAGAGCAACCUCAACCAGUCGAAAGCCCAAACGAAGUAAUGAUAAAGAAAAAGAAGAUGUAGAAAAAGAUAAAGAUAAACAAGGCAGUUGGCCGGAGUUAACCCUCGCUUGCACGCCAGCGCCCUCGUGGUACUUGCGGCGAACUUCGUGGAGGGAAAGCCCCCGUCUGAUGGGACUGCCGCGCCAACUAGCGUCGAUGCUCCGAACUUCGUUGCAACUGAACAGGCGCGCUAUGUUCGUCUUUAAAAUGUAAAAAGCAUAGACAUCUAAAUCACAAGUCAAUAUGGCGUGUUGCAUUUUAAUUAUUAUUAUUAGAGACCAGUGUCGCCGACAGAGUAGCGCUAUUGUAUAAUACAUAAUGAUUUAAUAAUUUAUUACUACAUAGUGUGAGCCUUUAAGUCGUCACUAUGUCUCUCUGUCUAUCUAGUCUAGAGAGAAAAAGACGAACUUAAAACUCCUCUCUAGUUAUAUGAACAUAGUUGUAAAAUAGCGGUAGCUGGAUUUAAAGUGUAGAGUAAGGAAAAUUUACGCAGUGUGCGAUUUUCUUGUAUUUUUGUCUUUAUAAUAGCUAGCCACUCACCAUCCGAUAUGCCCACAUGCCUGCAGCGCUAACGGCUUGAUGUCCGAUACAACUGAUCGUGUGUUGGUCGCUGGUCGCGAUCGGCAUGACGUCAUGCACAUCGGGACCAAUACACGUUACAACCAUAUGCACACAACUGUCACCCAUACACGCCAUUUCUAUUGGCUUAUGAUUGAGAUUUCUGUUACCAUGAGAGAAUUCUGUACUUAAUAAACAUGCAGAUGUGAGUUUGAAGUAAGCGUAAUUUUCAAGCUAACAAACGGUUAAUUUCGUGACUAUCACAAAAAUAUCAAGUUUAAGACAAUAAAGCAUAAUAAUAUUAGAACUGUUAAAAUUCAGGAUAUUCAUUAUUUUUUUAAAAAUACUAGUUUUUUCUAGUAAAGUACCUAGACGUUUGUUUUGUGUUUCGUCUAUGUUAAUUAUAAUGUUUAUGUAGAAAAAAUUAUAUUGUGUGAUUUAUUUUCGUGUUAGUAAGUAAAUAAUUCAAUCCCCUAAAAUAUAAGAAAACUAUUUUGGAACUAAAUAAAAUAUAUGCCUAAAUGCGAAA